UUUAUUGAUGUCUUUCUUGAAUAAUUACGUAAAGAUAUGAUAUCAGUCUCUUGGCAACGCCAUUGAAACACGUAUUUUUAAUAAGAGAAUUUAGGUUUGAAGCUCUUCACUUCUUCUCUUCAAACUCCAUCACUCGUACUGUAGGAGGCGCUGUGACGUUCUUCAGUCUACCGGUAAAACCACUAAAGAAAGAAAGUUUGGAGCCCUCAGACGAUGUUGAGCAUGAAAGCGCAGAUGGAUGUGAUCUGCUGUAAAUCAGUAGGAACUGAUCUGUCCAUGCUGGAUAUUGAGGAUUUCAUCAGUGAAAUCUGUCAGCUGAAGAAAGAGGUGGCGUCACUGGAGGCAAAGCUGAGAGAAAGAGGAGACAAACCCAACAGAGAGGAUCUGGAGAAGGUUUCAGUGUGUGUGACUGAUGGGACAGAAGCUCAGGAUUCAGUCUGGAGAUCCAGAGACACACAGGACUCAGAGCUCAGCCUCACUUUACUGUGUUAUACUGACGCUCAGGAUCAUGGAUCCUCUGAUCAAACCUCUGACUGUAACGCUGGAGAACAGCAGAUGCUGCAGACGCCGCUGAAGAUGUGCCCCAUCAAACUGGUGGACUGCAGGAACCUGAUAGAGAGCAGAGGGAAAAAAAACACAGCAGAGGAACAACAACAGAGACACGAGGAGGAGGAGGAGGAUGGUAUUGAUAAUGGGAAUGAUGAUGAUGAUGAUGAUGAUGGGAAUAAUGAGGAUGAUGAUGAAGGGAGCAGAGGAGAAAAAACAGAAGAGGAACAACAACAGAGACAUGAGGAUGAUGAAGAAGAAUAUCAGAAUAAUGAAGUUGAUGAUGAAGAUCAGAAUGAUGAUGAUGACUUUGUUCCUUCAGAUGACAAUGCUGGUUUAUCUUCUGAUGGAGAAAGUGUGUCUACAUCCAAAGAGCGACAGACAGUGAAGAGUUUCUCCUGUAGAAAAACAUUCAGCAAACAAGAAAAUUUAGCAAGACAUGAGAGAAAACACACUGAACAGAAAGACUUCACCUGCAAGAUAUGUGACCUCAGCUUUCCUACUUAUGCAGAGAGGAAACUUCAUUUAAAAGAGCACACCGUGAAGAAGGAGUUUCGCUGUGAACAGUGCGGGAAGGAUUUUUUCACCACUGCUUAUAAUAUGAGAGGUCAUAUAAACACACACAGUGAAAAGACUUUACAGUGCAACGUGUGUAACAAAUAUUUCCGCACCAACCCACAACUUUCAAGUCAUAUGAGAAUCCACACGGGUGAAAAGCCAUACAAGUGCCCUCAUUGCGAGAUGAGCUUCAGCCAGAGAUCCCAUCUGAAGAACCAUCUACCCAUACACACCGAUGCGAGUGCGUACCAGUGCCCUCACUGUGAGAAGAGCUUUAAUCUCGGAUCAGUUCUAAAGAAACAUCUACUCAAACACACCGACGAGAGGCCGUAUCAGUGCAGUGAAUGUGGGAACACCUUUAAGGACUCAACUUCUCUGAAGGUACACCAAAAAAUACACUCUGGUUUCAAACUGUAUCAGUGUUCAUACUGUGAGAAACGAUUCCAUCAUUCAACUCACUGGAAAACCCAUGAGAGGAUUCACACCGGAGAGAAACCGUACCUGUGCUCCUACUGCGGGAAGAGCUUUUCUAAUCCAUAUUCUUUCAAAGUUCAUCAAAGAUUUCACACUGGAGAAAGACCGUAUCGCUGUAGUGAUUGUGGGAAGAGCUUUUAUAUGCUAAGUGACUUAAAAAUACAUCAGAGGACUCAUACAGGAGAAAAACCUUAUAAAUGCUCACAUUGCGACAAGACAUUCACUGGAUCAGGUGGCCUGAAGGUCCAUGAGCGAAUGCAUACAGGAGAGAAACCUUACCGCUGCUCCAUCUGCGGCGAGAGAUUCUCUUUUAAAUGGGGAUUUCGGAGUCACAAGAAGAAACACGCUGAACCAGAAUCAUCAUAGCUUCAUCAUGUAAAUAUAUAGAUAUGGGUCUUUGGACAGAAAUGUCCAUUUUUCUUUCCUUAGCCUUAGUUACUGUUGCUUUGUAUAGAUUCCAAGCACCACAGAAGCUCUCGUCCCCACAGCCAUGUACAGAGGGAAAGUGCUUUACUCUGAGGUCAGAAACAGGUUUUUUUAACAUUUAAAAUACAACAAUCUAUACAUAACUAUCAAAUAUAUUACGUAAAUGACAAAAAAAAAAAAAAGCAAUGCCAAACAAAUAUUAUAAACAUACUGUAUAUUGAAAGUUGUUGAGUUGAGUUAUCACUGGUGUUACAGUUUAACACAAAUGUCUUAUUUUGAAAUAAAAAUCACACUGAUGACAUCUCUUGACUUUAUAUAAUAAAUAUUAUAUAAAUAUU